CUGCGCAUCAUCGGUUGAUAUAGCGUCUGAGCUGUUGGUGUUCUCUUGUCUUGGUCUUUUGAUAAAAGUUUUUUGAGAAACGAUUUAAACCUUAAUAUGGGUCAUAAUCACAUGCAUGGUAAUAAUAUGCAUUCUGGAAUGAACAUGUCUACAACGCCGCCGAUGACUCAUGGCGGGCACGGAGGCACUGUCCACCAUAUGAUGCAGGUUUGCAUUGGUUGUUUAGUUAGUUUUCUUUACUAUUUCAUUUUGAAAACGGCAUCAUUUCAGUCAGAAAUUUGCCAUUGCUCUCAUUUUUAAAGGGCGAUCUUGAGGAAAGACUCGUCUUCCCCCGUCGAGUAAAAUGACCAAAGAGGAGUAGUGAGGCAUAUCGUUUAUCAUCCCGUGACUCUGGUUCAAUUUACUUCGAUUUCCUUUCAUUCCGUCGAAAUCUCAAGGAGUAAGGUUAUGUCUACAAACAUGAGCUAUUCGUCCACGAUCGUUCAACAAAGUUUAUUUCCCAUUACUUAUACGAUUACCAUUCACUUGAUGUACUUUUUCCUCGUAAUAAAAUCCCUCUUGACGAGCUUUUGGUUCGAUCUCGCCACGGAUGUUAUACCAACGAUCAAACGUUUUGAUUGCCGCAAUUGCACAUGCUAAACAGAUUUUAUUGAAAGCUCAAAACAUGUUUUGGUUUGAGAGUUUGAAUGCUCAUCGUUUGUCUCUUUUUUUGGCUUUUGAGAUCGUAAGAAAUUGUUUGAACUUACUUAAACGAGGCAGACUUGACGUUGUGCUUUUUCGGGUAAUAUUAUUAUUUUACUUCGGUUUAAACGUAAUAUUUAGUGGCUUGUAAAUCUAAGUUAAGAGAUGUUUCAUUUACCCAUGAGCUAAACUUUUAUUAAGGAGUAUAGAAAAAAUGGUUUUGAGAAAGAAAUCGGGGUUCUGGUAUUCAUCAUUUCAAUAACAUGCCUAUGUUUAUCAUGACGACAAAUUUACAUCUGUUAACUAAUGACGUAUUGAUCCAUACGCCCUCUUCUUUGUUCUUAGAAUUGUUUUUUUUGCCACAUUUUUCUAAAGGUUUCCUGUGAGACUAUGUUAGCUUUACACAUCUGUUUAAACACCUCUUUUUAUGUCUUGGGAACUUAGCCUGAUGUAAAAUCCACACAAUGUGCCAGUUUACAAAUAUAACAGACUUGUAACAAAUUUCAGAAUCUGACAUUUGUUGUCUUUGUUUGGUAAGCUUGACACCAAGGAGACAACAGCCUUCAUGGAUAUUUACAUUUGACAAUAUUGGACCCAUUUCAAGCACUAGGGUUCUCACACCAUGAUAUUACAACUUUUGUAGUCAACCUUAAUUAACUUUUUAUCUAUUCCACACAACAUUUGUGUUUCUUUUUAAAACUACUUGGUGAGGAUGUGUUUGGUAACUCCCCUAAUUAUUAAGAAAGUUUUGCCUUUUGUGUAUUGGUAGUAAAUGUUAAUUUAGUUAUAAUGUUUUUUACCCGAGGGAAGAAAUUUUUGCUUCAGCUCCGACAAGUUGUUGGUAAUGAUUUGUUAUCAUGGUGUUCCCUUUUAAUAAAAUUCUACUUGGAUCAAAUGGCAUCCAUCCAACUUUCUAUCACAAUUGGGCAAAUUGUAAGAAAUUGCAUUGUCAAAAUUGUUAUAGAUAUGUAGAAAGUAUCUAAGCAAGUUAUAUAAUUUCAACUCUGUUUUGGUUGCCUAAAAUGUAGCUUCUGAUCCAAUGAUUUUGCCAGUGCAAAAUUGAAUUCCAGUGGCAAUCUUACUUGUGGGUAGUUUCAUAUGUGUUUUUCUUCUGCUGCAUAAUGAUGGAAAAGAUGAAUCCUUAACAUGGAAUAAUUUCUUUGUCCUUCAAUUUUACACAUCCUCCAUUUGGAGAUGUAAUUUGAAUAUAUUUGGGCAACAUGCCAAAUUUUAUUCAUAAUUUGGCAUCAUAAAACCAAAUUCAGGGAAAAGAGACUAAAAAAAUAAACCAUAUGUUUCACCAUUACUUAGACUGAAAAAAAAUAUAAAUGGUUGGAACUUGUUCUCCCACUUUGGGCAUAUCAUAAUUUGAAUUUGCUUGCAAGCACUUGUAACGGAAGGUCUGAUGUGCAGAGAUUUUGUCAUAAAACAGGUAAAAAUUUGCUUGUGUCCUCUAAUUCUUGUGGUAUGUUCCAUAAAUAAGCAUUAACAAAUGAAAUCAGGGUUGCAAGGAUCAGAAAAAAACUAAAUAGAAAAUUGAAACAACUAAUUCUUUCUCAAGGUUCUCUCAAAAAAUGCUUGUCACUCCAACCAAAAAUGUGUAAUUGUGCUUUGGUCCAAUACUUGUCAAAAGACAGAUUUAUUUAAUGUGUUAUGAUAACUGUGUAGGUUGCAAGUGUCAGUUUUGCUUUAAUAUUAAUUGUGAAAGAUAAAAAUAAUAUGAUAAUUCUUGUAACUUGAGAAUGGAAGUUUCUUAUCCAAAAAACAUUUCAUUAUAAAACUAAAUAAAUCAGGCCAAUUCAUGCAAAGCAAGUAUGGUGUGAAAAAAUGGAAAGAGAAAUUUUGCUCAUGAAAUUUUAUAUUAGGGAAAUUAAGAAAUGCAGUAAGGACAAUUUGUUUCUUUUGCCACAUUAAAUAUUUGAUAUGUGGUGGUAAUUACUGACAGCAGGUAAUAUAAUGUAACACUUGGCUGCUGAUGACUGCAUUUUUACCAUCUUGGCCAAUACCCUGGGCUGUAUGUUACACUGUGAGGUGUUUACAGGUUUUAGUUUUUCCUUUAAACUUGAUUGCUAAAAGGUAUUCCAGGAUGGGAAAGGUGAUCAAAAGUUUUCUUCACUAUUUUUCAAAUCAGUUGACCAUAUCCAUUACAUGAUAUUUACUUUGAGAAAAUCCUGGCAUCAGAUUUCCAGGCUCAGAGGAUGUUAAGUGUGGACCUUCACAAAUUUCCUUAGCAGGACUGCAGUUAUUGUAUAAACUGUAAUGGGUGACUUGUCUUAAAAAAUAAUCUAAAUCUUACUAUAUUGUCUUUCAUUUUUGUGUCUAGCCAUUUUUAACUUUCCUCUUGUAGAGAACAUUCCAGCAUGCAGUUUAUGGCUUUAAAUUGCAUCGAUAUACAAAAUUGAAAAUGUACGAUCAUUUUUAAAUCUUGAUAUGUUACAGAAAAUUUAUGUAUAAUUCACAGUAAUUGUUUCUUUGGAUUAAAAUUCUUACACAAAUUUGAACACAGGACUCUCUAGAGAAUCUUCUUUACCAUAUUUAAUUGUCACAGAGAAGUACAUGCUGCAUUAUUCUUUUCAUCUAUGUGAGACUGUCAAACCUGCACAGCUAAAAACUUAGCCUUAUAUAUAAUCUGGAGAUAUGAUGAAAUUUUUAAUUAUUACAUUUACUGAAACUGAAUGUAUCUUAAUAUAAUGCAGCCUUAAUUGGUAAAAACUUAAAUUCAUAUUGCAUAAAUGCAUAAUUUCACCUUCAUUCAAAUAUUUGCACAACUUUGCCAUACUUUUCUGACAAUUUUUGCUUGUAUCAUUUUCAAUUGGAAAUAAGUACUUUUUUCUCUUACUACAAGGUAGGUGUACAGUUGUAAUUAUUUAUUCUUUACUCUUUUAUAGAUGUAUUUUGUUGUAAGCAAGAGUGCAACUAUAUUGUUUGAAGACUGGAAAGUAGAUACAGCAACAGGUACAGUGUACAUGUUAACAACUAGAACUUAAUUGGCUGCUAUUGUCUGUUUGACUUUGCAUUGAUAUUGUUAGGAAUAAUUCUGUCAUGGUCACUCAGGGGAGUGGAGUUGUUAAGGGCUGUCAGGUUUUCUUGUUAAGAAAUGGUAGAGAUUUUGACUAUUAACUUGUAUAACUCUAUUUUUGUUGCAUUAAUCAUUUGAUGCAUUGAUUUAUUGGUUGAUAGAAAUGGUUUUCUCCUGCCUCGGUAUAUUUGUUCUUGCUGCACUCUAUGAAGGAUUAAAAGUUCUUCGUGAAGUGUUAAAGAGGAAAUAUAGCUAUGUGGUUAGUGUGGAUUUAGCAGAGACCAAGGUGUAUGGUACAGGACCUACUCAAACAACUGUUGUGACUGAAUCAAAGGGAAAGAUUCCAAGGUGAGAUUUGUUUCCACUUCUAGUGUGGAGCUAAUAUUAAAAUGUAAUUUAUUGUUUUACGGGGCAAAUUUUCUUUAUUCUACUCUUUGUUCAAGGAAGCAGACACCUGUCACAGCAUCAUUUUUAACAACCCUUUCUUUCUUAUGACUAAGCAAUGUGUGAUUUCUCCCAACCACAUCAAUACAUCAUUAAGCAGAGAGGGAUUGGAAAGAAAGAAAAUAUUAAUUGGGAGAUUUUGUUUGCCUUGUCUACACCAAACUUUCAGAGCUGAAAUUUUCAUAAAUGUUUGAAAGGCAGUGUCAGGAUCUUGGUAGUUGAAGGGUUGAAAAGUUGUAUGUUGCUAUGUUGACAUUUCUUUCAUGUUGGUUUCAUUAGCACUUGAUGUGUGAGAAAUGGUAGCAAGGUCAAAUCAAUCAUGCAAACUAGAAUAUGUAGUCAUAUCAUGCAGUUUUAGAGUUCCAAUAAGCUCAGCUAUUAUGGCAGUAGGCUUUUUUACAGUUGUGUCCUUUGUUGGGAAGCCUUUGAUUUGGAGUAAGGCUGAAGUUGGCCAUGUUGUGAUAGAGAGCAAUAUCUAGUUAGCAUGGUCACGAAGUAAUCUACAUUUGAAAAGCAGCAAGGUUUGUUACAUCAUAACAAGGUAAACCUUAGCCUCACUUCUGUUCAAAGGCUUGGCAACUGUAGAAUGGACUAGAUAUUAAUGCUUUACACUGUAUCUCAUCUGCUUUUUUCUGUAGAUUUUUGUUUUGUUUUCAAAUAAGUCAGGUUUUAUUGCCUUUUUGUUGACAGGUCCAGAAUCUGCAAUUGGCAUCAUAUACUUCAAACAUUCCUUCAUGUUGUCCAAGUCACCCUGAGCUAUUUCCUCAUGUUGAUCUUCAUGACAUACAAUGUCUGGCUGUGUCUGGCUGUUGCUCUGGGAGCUGGCUUUGGUUAUUUUGCAUUUGGAUGGAAGCUGAACAAAGUGGUUGAUAUCUAUGAACACUGUCAUUGAUCGGUACCAUUCUCUUACAAUAAAUUUUUUUGUUUGAAGGAGAGCACCAAUAUUGAUAGUUGGUAUCUUUUUUUAAUUUCAGUUUUGUCAAGUGGGUUAGUUAGCAUACAUAUUUUUUUAUUUAAUUGAACCAUAAGUUAAUUUCACUAUGCACACAGUCUGCUUUAUACUUCAGAAGUGCUCAGAAGAAAAUUCAUACACAGUUCCUUUAGAACAUCUCCUAAACUUUUUCUACACAACCACAGGGAUUUGUUUGGAUAUGAUAGUGACUGAUAUGAAGAACAUGUCCACUGAAAAAUACUGAAAAAUAGAUAGGGAAAAAUACACUCAUUUUAAAAACAGAGGGUUACAGAAAAUACCCAGAAGUAUCUCAUGUUUUUUUGCAAAAUCUAGGUGAUCACAUCAAUGGAUUCAUUAAUUAAUAUGUCCAGGAAGAUUGAUAGCACCAUUCACAUAAAAAGUAUAGCUAAUUUUUAGACGCAAGCCAAAAUUUAAGUAAUUUGUGAGACAGGCAACAUUGUUCCCAUUCUAUUUUCUGACUGAUUAGGGUUUUUUUUUUUGGUUGGGGGGGGGGGUGUGGAAUAUUUGUAAGGAUCAGUUUUACCAGUGUGGUUGUAGAAAGGUGUGGCAACUUUCCAUCUAUGAAGAUCUUGGAAUGAGUAGUUUGAAGUAGCUUUUAUCAAAGCAAAUUACUUGCAAAGAAUCACUGAUCAAAGUUUAUUAGAGUUAAAUUGAUUUUCCAAACUGGUGAAUGUAUGGUUAAAUAUAUUUUUAUGGGUAAACAGACAAUAAGGAUAUUUUUGUUUUCAUUACGAUAUUUCUAGGAUUAUAUAUUCUCUGCUAUAAAUUAGAUAGACAACUUUUAUGGGCAUUUGAUAUCUUUUAAGUUAGUUUUGAUUAUAGUUGUGGGUACUAAGUGCAGUGCAGUGCAGUGCAGUGUAGUGCAUGUGUCUAAGUAGCUUUGAAGAUCUGUGCAAUGUGCAGUAACAAAAGAGAAAGGUGAUAUGAGAAGUGCAAAGGAGAUGUGGAAUAAAAGAGGGAAUGGGAUCUAGAUGAAAGAUCAUGGAAAGUGCCCAUGUCCUUCUUCCUCAUUUUUCACUUUGUCACACUGAUUGCCCGCCUUGUCUCCAUGUUUCUGUUCUCUAUGCAUGGUGUAGACUAAGACUUGUGCAACUUAGCGUGAUUUGAUGGAAGUUUUUUUGUUCUGUAUUUUGCUAGCAUGAGGUAAGAUUUUUUAUUUAUAUGUUUGCAUCAGUCUGUUGGUUUUUUGUUGUUUUUGGAUGCUGUAAUAGGCUAUUAUAUACUUUUUGCUACAAACUUUUAGAUUGAUGUGGUCAUUAUGUGACUAAUCAGUUCACAGGAAAUUUAUGUCACACAAUCAUAGCAAAAAGGGUAUAUAGAGGUGAUGAUAAUUUUGCAAAAUAUAUUUAAUUUUGCAGUCUUUUUUUUUUGCAUCAGGUGAUGUAUUCUAAGGGGAUAGGGAAUGAGGGAAAAGGUUGUUUAUAAUUCG